GGUUCCAACACUUCAAACCCGACACACACGGAUGCAUCUCUCCGCUCAAAGAAAAAGUCGUUGCCAAGAGCUUCCACCCCGCUCCAUCUCACGUGACAUUACCACGAUCCUCCCACCCACCCAUCCAGAAUAAACGUACAAUUGAUCCAGCCUCUCUUUUCCCCAGCCAACGCCUCCGGAGCUUAGAUAAAGCGAAUCAUCGGCCCACAGCCGCUCAUUUCUCAACCCCCAUUUUCAACUCUUGCCACACAUUUACCUUUCCCUCCCUGCCUGCCAUCUGAUAACUACACCCCUGCGGGAGUUCUUUUAGUUUCUUAACUCUUGCACCAUGAUCACGGCCGCCAGGGCUGUUCAAUGCGCCGCGAGGCUCUCCCGCUCGCAUUUUUCUUCACUCAGGCCUGCUGCAACGGCGCGAAGGGGAUUGACACCACAGCUGCAGCGCAGAUGCAUUUCUUCGAGCGGGAAGGAUGGCGAGGCCGCUGUAGGGGUGGAUGUCGAGAACCGACGGAUAGAUGCGAGCGACCUUCUGAAUAAGAUUGGACUCAAGCCCUCGGGGCUUGGUGUUGGAAGUGCUCUGACGGUGGAUGCUAUGAAGUCCCCUGCUGCCGGUACGCCGCUUUCUCCCCUUUGGUAUUUUUUGCGAGGUAAUUGGGAGGCUGACGACGGUGGUGAAUAGGUAUUCUCAAGCAGGCCACAAUAAUGGACGAGGGCUCUCGACCAAUCUACCUUGACAUGCAAGCUACAACUCCUAUGGACCCUCGCGUACUCGAUGCCAUGCUUCCCUUUUAUACCGGCCUGUACGGAAAUCCUCAUUCACGUACGCACGCCUACGGCUGGGAAACGGAGAAGGCAAUUGAUGUUGCGCGUGAGCAUGUCGCAAAGCUCAUAGGAGCCGAUCCGAAGGAGAUCAUAUUCACCUCCGGAGCGACCGAGUCAAACAAUAUGUCUAUCAAGGGUGUAGCAAGGUUUUACAAGUCCAAGAAGCACGUCAUCACAUCCCAGACGGAGCACAAAUGUGUGUUGGACUCGUGCAGACAUUUGCAAGACGAGGGGUACGAUAUCACGUAUCUCCCCGUCAAGAGCAACGGUUUGAUCGAUCUGGAGCAGUUGGAGAAGGAGAUUCGCCCGGACACGGCGUUAGUUUCAAUUAUGACAGUCAAUAAUGAGAUUGGGGUCAUCCAGCCGAUGGAGGAAAUCGGGAAGCUGUGUCGAAGGAAAGGUGUCUUCUUCCACACCGAUGGCGCACAGGCCGUGGGAAAGAUUCCCGUCGACGUCGGCAAGUGGAAUGUCGACUUGAUGAGCAUCUCUGGCCACAAAAUCUACGGACCAAAGGGUAUUGGAGCCUGUUAUAUUCGCCGCAGGCCAAAAGUCAGAAUUGACCCGCUCAUCUCUGGCGGUGGCCAGGAACGUGGCCUUCGUAGUGGGACUCUCGCGCCCCCAUUGGUAAUCGGUUUUGGGGAAGCCUGUAGAGUUGCCAAAGAGGAGAUCGAGGUACGUCCCCUCCUCGCCCAGCUCCCCUACCUGCAAGCCGCUAAAAUUGAUGUAAAAACCAGUACGAUCACAAACGCGUCACCGCCCUCUCAAACCGCCUGCAAUCCGGCCUCCUAGCAAUGGAGCACACGACCCUAAACGGGGACCCAAAUUCCCGUUACCCCGGCUGCGUCAACGUCUCCUUUGCAUACGUAGAAGGAGAAUCCCUCCUAAUGGCGCUCAAGGACAUUGCCCUCUCCUCCGGCUCAGCAUGUACCUCUGCCUCCUUGGAGCCCAGUUAUGUCCUUAGAGCCCUCGGGUCUAGUGACGAGAGCGCACACUCUAGCAUCCGCUUUGGCAUCGGUAGGUUUACCACCGAGGCUGAGAUCGAUUACGUGCUUAAUGCCGUCCGGAAUCGAGUCACGGUUUUGAGGGAGAUGAGCCCGUUGUGGGAGCUUGUGCAGGAGGGGGUGGACCUGAAUACUAUUGAGUGGUCGCAGCAUUAGAGAGAGAGAGUGUGUGUUCCGUACGAGGCUGCUGUUAAAUAGGGUUUGGUUCACUCAUUCGCUCACAUUCGUUUAGUUGAUUAAUUGUUACAGUGGAUUCCUUUUUCCGGGUGGUUUUUUUUAUCCCUUAUUAUUAUUCCCCCUCUUCCCCUCCACCCUAGCGCUGUAUCGUGAUUUCUUGUAGUAUUUCGAUUUUUCCAAUUUCAGUUGAGUGUGUGGUGGGGGGCGUUGGGGUUUGUUUACUCGAGUGGGGUGGCUUUGGAUCGCCAAAUUUGGAGAAUCUCAUUUGCCUGAUGCUGGUGGGGUGAAGUGGCUCUGCGUGUUUAUAUCUAUCUACUUACGGACUCCGGCGGUUCCUCACCGCUUGACCUAUUCCCGGCUUUGUGCCCAAACACGCCAUCCUUUUUAUUUUAGUUUGCCAUAGUUCGCAGCUAGAGAGCUGUGCUCCCACGAAAAAGUGCAAGACGAAAGACCUAGUUCCGGGAGCAUGAAUGCGCGGGUACAAGAAGCAAACAAUCAAGCCUUCUAGGCAAACAGGAAUUGGAAGUGUGAAGAUGUAAUGGUAGUGAGGGGGAGUAAGGGCGGGAGGAAAAAAAAAAGAAAGGUAGAUAGGGGAGUGGAACAAGGAAUAUUAUUCUAUAAUGUUGGAUAAGAAUAGGGAUAGUGGUACUCAUAGAGGCGCUCUACGAAAUGUGUAUUGAGAAUGUGUGCGGCGGAGGAUUCUAAACAAGCUCUCUGGUUGAUCUAGUUGCUGGACUUUGUCGAGUAGUCUGGAGGCGUUCGUGAUUCUCGAUAAGCUAGUGGAGGAGAAGAGGUGCUGUGGAGG